AUGCAUCUCCUUCUGCGGGGCAAGCAGCUGUGGAUGGCUAUCGAGCUCAAGCAUGCCAUCAUCACUGGGAUGACUACAAUCAUGUUCGCUGUCUCCACGGUGCAUAUCGGUCUCAGCAUCGAAGGAUUCUACGAAAACUACCUCAAAACGCCCAAGUGGAGUUCCGGUGUCGGCACAGAUCCCUCGUGUAUAACAAAGCUGUACCUUCCAGCAAUCAACUUCAUGUUGUCAGAUGCCAUCGUCACAUGGCGAGCCUACGUAUUGUGGGGGUUCAACAAGAAGGUCUGUAUCGUACCUUGCAUCCUUGUCCUGGCAACAGGAGUCGUGGCCAUCAUCGGUGUACAGCAGAGUGCAGCCCACAUGGCAACACUGCAACUCACAGCGUCAUACCCGUGGGAUUUGGCCAUGAACUGCCUCACACUGGCCACAAACGUCAUCACGACCGGCCUUGUGACGUACCGCGGGAGAGUUGCAUUGGGAUCGGACGCCAGUGAGCGCAGCAAGGCGAUCUUUUACCUCCUCAUCGAAUCCGGGUUUUUGUAUUGUUUCACUUGGGUCAGUCCCCUCCUCGCCCGCCCUCAACGUCGGCAUUGUCCCAAGACCGAUUCUAUCCAGGUCGUCUUCUUCAUCGUCUACUGGAGCGGACCACAAGGCAACUUCCUCACCACCGACAUGAUCUCUCAGCUAACGGGCAUCUAUUCCACGCUGAUCGUCGUGCUCGUCGCGCUCAAGAAGACGCAGGCCGACUCCGUCGGCGUCGACCAAACCGUCACAGACACCUUCGACGACAGCGAGAUCGCGGUGCGGCACGAGCACGGAACGACGACCGGCAGCGCGGUGCUGACGACGACCGUCUCGAGAGCGCAGGGCCUCAGCGGCCGCGGCCAGCCCGUCAUGAUCCACAUCACGAACACGGUAGAGCGCGAUCGCGGCGAUCUGAAAAACAUCACGUUGGUCCCGCAGAGGCUACAGCAAGUGUGA